AUGGAAAGCCUUCAUAACCGUAACAUCCAUAUCCCACUAUUUUCUCUGCUUUUUUUUCUCUUCCACUUCUCAUCCCUUCACUUUCUCUCUUUAGCCUAUGAGCAACCUGAUAAGUAUUUCGUCAAUUGUGGGUCUAAAGAUGAUGCAAACCUCAAUGACCGGGUGUUCACUGCAGACUCGAGUUCUGGUUUUUUGUGCUUAGAGAAAAGCAGGGCCGUUGAAAGUACCAACCAGUCGCAAAGUCUGUACCGAACAGCAAGAAUUUUCUACAACCAAUCCUACUAUGAGUUCCCGAUCGCUGAAAACGGUACUUAUAUUGUCCGUCUGCAUUUCUUGGCUUUCUCCUCCUCAAUUAAUCUUUCAUCAGCUCUUUUUGAUGUUUCGGCUUUUCCUACUGUUUCAAAUUUUGGGUUCAAACUGUUGAACAAUUUCACUGCCAAGAACAGUAGCAACCCUCCUUUGAUAGAGGAGUUCUUUCUUGCCAUUGGUCCUGGCUCAUUGAAAUUAUAUUUUACACCUCAAGGAUCAUCGUUUGCAUUUGUAAAUGCCAUUGAAGUCUUCCGUGCACCUUUGAAAUUCAGCCCUCGGAAUUACAGCAGUAGUUUCCCUUUAGUUCUACAUACAAUUUACAGGGUGAAUGUUGGAGGCCAGAACAUCACACCAGAUAAUGACAUAAUAAGGAGAAACUGGGAACAAGAUGGAUAUCUGUCUAAUUCAAACUUUACACAGAAUAGCCGAUCCCCCUCACAGACGCUUAUUAGACAGUCGGUAGAAUCUGAUGGUUUCGUUGGUGCUGAUAAUGAUUCUAUUGCUCCAGAUUUAGUUUACCUGACUGCCAAAGUGAUGACCGAUAGUCCUAAGGGGCUAUCCAAUCCCUUCAACAUAACCUGGUCUUUUAAUGUGAGUGCGGAUGCUAGACACCUCGUCCGGGUUCACUUCUGUGACAAUAUCGGUCCGGCUGGUAAUGUAGUAUUUAACUUGUAUUCAAAUGGAAACUUCAUUACGAAGGUUGGUGGACCCGCUUUCCGUUUUAAUAGCCUGUACUCGCCUUUCUACUAUGAUUUUGUAUUGAGUUCUAAUGGAUCUGAAUUCAUUAACAUCAGCAUAGGCCCUAGCAUAGGCACAACAACAAUUAACAAUGCCUUUCUAAAUGGACUGGAAAUGUUGGAGAUAAUAGAGGGACCAGCUUUAAGGAACCCUCCAGCUUCAGUUUGUAAUAAGAAAGGAAGCAAGAAGAUAAAGGUGGGUCUUGUGGUUGGUUCAGUUAUUGGAGGCCUGUCACUUAUCUGCAUUCUGAUUGUUGGAAUCUUGUUCGGUUUGAAAUACAGAAAGGCAAAGCGUGUUGAAACUUCGGAAUGGUCACCAAUGCCUGCAGUUGGAGGAGGGAGUAACCACAGCAGGUUGACUGAUGGAACCAUUACUGGUUCCCCUAUGAAUUAUCUAAAUCUUGGGUUGAAGAUAUCUUUUGCUGAACUUCAGCAAGCAACAAACAACUUUGACACAAAAUUGUUGAUAGGUGAGGGUGGCUUUGGGAAUGUCUACAGAGGAACUCUGUUGAAUGGCAGAAAUGUAGCUGUUAAGCGAGGAAAACGAGAUGAGAAAGGGUCAGGCCAAGGCCUUCCAGAAUUUCAAACAGAGAUCAUGGUUUUGUCCAAGAUUCGCCACCGUCAUCUUGUUUCCUUAAUUGGGUACUGUGAUGAAAGAUCUGAGAUGAUACUGGUCUACGAAUUUAUGGAAAAAGGGAGCUUGAGAGAUCAUUUAUAUGAUUCAAACUUGCCUCGCUUGUCAUGGAAGCAAAGGCUUGAAAUUUGCAUUGGUGCAGCAAGGGGUCUUCAUUACCUCCACAAAGGUGCAGCUGGGGGAAUCAUUCACCGUGAUGUUAAGUCCACCAACAUCUUGUUGGAUGAAAACCAUGUUGCCAAAGUUGCUGACUUUGGCCUCUCAAGAUCUGGUCCUCUCGAUGAAACACAUGUCAGCACAAAUGUUAAAGGCACUUUUGGUUACCUUGAUCCUGAAUACAUAAUGUCCCAACAGUUGACAGAAAAAUCUGAUGUUUACUCAUUCGGUGUGGUUCUCCUUGAGGUGUUAUGUGCAAGACCUGCUAUUGAUACAAUGCUCCCAAGAGACCAAAUGAAUUUAGCUGAAUGGGGAAUGCUUUGCAAGAAGAAAGGGUUGCUUGAACAGAUUGUUGACUCUUCAAUCAAGAAUCAGAUUGACCCUAGCUCAUUAAGAAAAUUUAGUGAGACAGCAGAGAAAUGCUUGCAAGAAGAUGCUAAUGAUAGGCCUACAAUGGGUGAUGUGCUAUGGGACUUGGAGUAUGCAUUCCAGCUCCAGCAAACAGCAAAGCAUAGAGAACCCCAUGAAGACAGCACAGCCAAUGCUUCAUCAGCAUUUGUAUUGCCAAAUGUUCAGCGUUUUCCUUCAGUUAGCUCCACGAUUAACAUAGAUGAUCAGGCUCUUCCCGGAUACGAUGAAUUAGAUACAACAGAAGUUGAAGUUUUCUCCCAGUUGAGAGUUGGUGAUGCCAGAUAA